ACGUCUUGACGUCAUGACGGCGCAACCCGGAAGUGCUGCGACGCAUGUCCUUCAUUUCACUCUGCAGGAACAACAACAACAAAAGUCUCCAGUUUUGUAGUUAAAUAACGAGUUUUACUCUGUUUUUUUCGGGUUUUAUGGAGUGACAGAUACAAACAACAGCAGUGGUUGUGACAAGGAUAUACUUUUGGAGGUUUUAGUGUUUCAUUUGGAUCCAGCAGCUAUGACGGCUCCAAACUCAGCAGAGAGGAAGGCCUGCUGGGACUCCAGGGACCUGCUGUGGAAAUGUAUGGAUGACAAUGGUGACAAAUCUGACUCCUGCCAGAAGUUCAAGAGCGAGUUUGAGGCAAAUUGCCCGGCUCAGUGGGUGAAGUAUUUCUCCAAGAGGAGAGACUUCUUGAAAUACAAAGACAAGAUGCAGACAGAAGGAUUCAAACCUGCCGAAGGCCCCCGGCAACCUUCCUAACUACCGGACCGGACAGCAGACAAUCUAAAAGCUGCAGACUGACUUUCAGACCAGGGCCAGAGGGGCAGGACUUGGGAGAGGAGAUUCCUAACUUUAUUAUGGACCUGAACUCCAUCUUUAUCAUAAUUUAUUUGUACAGAGAUAAAAAGCUGCAUCCAGAAACCAUACAUAUUAGCUUCCCUCCACCAGCCCUGCUGAUGUUUUAUAACAAAGGAAACCAAAACGACGAGAGGGAAAAGAUCCACAGUUAGUAAACCCAGCUGUCUGUCAGUGUGAUUUACAGAUAAAUGCUGAUGUUUACUGAUACUCACGUUUUAAUUCCAGGACAGUUUGCCUCAUUAGGCAAAAUCUCAAAAGUGUGACUGACUUGUGGUGUUUUGUGUAAAUAAAUAAAAAUAAUAAAUACAA